AUGAGUAUUCGGCAGCUGCUGGACACCAUCGAGUCCCGCAUAUUGGUGCUGGAGACGCUCUACGAGGGCAGCUCUAAUGUUUGCGGGCAGCUGCAGCGCGUUUUGCAGCAGUUUCAGGGGCUUCUUGCCGAGCACGCAGACCUGAUGCGCGUGCUGGAACAGGCACAGACACAGGGACUGCUGGCUAUUCGCCCAGUGUCACAUGACGACGCAAUGUCUGUAGAGGAAAAAUACCGGCUUGUUGUUGCGUCUUUGCAGGAGAUGGAGCACCAGGUGAACAAGCUGGACGAGUUGCAGCUGCGUCUCCAGCAAUGGGACGAUUUGAUGAGCGACGCCAAGACACGGACGGCUGCUGCGAAACUGAUGGUUUUCGAUAAGAGGAACGUGGCCGAGGUGAUGGACGCGCUUGUGGCGCUGAAAGAACGGUUCUACGCUGCUGUUCUACGGUCCAACUGGCUUAUGCGCACGUACAUGGUUGAUACGUUUGAGCAGGCGACUUUCUAUCUGGAAGUGGAGACAAAGCUCCGUCGGUACACCCAGCUGGUGGAGCAGAAACAGGGUAAAUAGCUAUGUACAUUAGUAGGCCUCGGUGAUGAUGCCGCCGCCGAGAACGCGCUCGUUUCUAUACAGGACCAGGUUCUGGCCUGGUGCCACGCCGUCGAUUUUUUCCUGUAGCAGGAACUCUGGAUCGAUGCCGGCCACCACCGCUCUGAGCGCGCGCGGCGACUCCAGCGACCGGACUUGAAUGGUCAGUUCUGCGGGAUCCAAAUCCCGAAAAUCGAGUGAUGAGUUUAUCCACUGCCAGUCGGCCACUUUGAGCCGGUCUUUUUCGAAAGCCGCGCGGUCGGUCUUUUUGGAGAUGAUCAGCUGGUUCUUGCUGUAGUUCUUGCCGGAAAUAUACCACACACCUUUCAUAUCCGGAUCGCCCUGCGGCAGCGAGAUCCCGGACCGCUGGCCUAUGGUGCCGUGCCAGAGCCCGUUGUGUCUGCCCCAAACUCGGCCGUCUGCCGUGACGAUGUCUCCAGGGUUUGGUGGCAGGAACUCAUCGAGAAAAUCUUUGAAGUUGCCGUGCUGCGAGACAAAGCACAGCCCUUGCGAGUCGCGCUUGUCCUUGGAGAUCAGACCAUGCUGCUGAGCCAGCUCUCUGACCUCUGGCUUGGUAUAGUGGCCAAUAGGCAUCAGGAUUUUGCUGAACACGGACUCAGGCAUCUGGCUGAGAUAGUACGACUGAUCUUUCGGCAAAAAACAAGCUCGCAAAAGAUGCGACUCGCCCGUUGCUCUGUGUUUCAUGAUUCGCGCAUAGUGCCCGGUCACCAGCCACCAGUUAUCCUGUGGAAUUUUCAUAGACAGAUGCUCGAUCAUCUUGCCGAACUUGACGUACUUGUUGCACCCCACGUCCGGAUUCGGCGUCAGACCCUUGCGAUACAUCUCUAGCAUGGGCUCAAAGACGUCUGACCAGUACUCUUUUUCGAAAUUCACGCGCUCACAGGGGAUCCCGAUCUGGUCGCAAAUCGUCUGUACUUCCUCCCAGUCGCUUUCCACGGUGCACUUCGACACGCCGCCCCUGGAAUCCGGCGACCAGUUUGCCAUAAAGAUGCCCUUGACGUUCUUGUACUGUUUGGCAUACAUCAGUGCAGCUACCGAGGAAUCGACGCCGGAUGACAUCGAAACCACGAUCUGGUCGUUUGGGUGGGGCACGGGCUGGACAUAGUCUGCAAGCGUGGAUCCGCGCAAGAAGCUCACCCUUCGUACCAGCCGC